AUGAUCACAUCCCCAUCACGUGCACCAAAACUGAACACAUCUUGUAGACUCUUUGUAAUGGACGUGUCUGCCCCAGUGAGACCGCCCUCCCACUCGCGCCCUACGCAAGCCUAUUACGUGCCGCGUCGUCUUCUGGAGGGCGGUCGCGGUCCGCAUCCGACAACUGACGGAAAACCUUCGGAGACCUUCGUCGCGGCAACGGAUGCACCGCCGAACAGCACAAAACCACGAUCCAACACUGAGGUGCGCACACCGUCAAGUAAAACCGUAGUGAAGACAUAUAUUGAACCACGUCCCCUGAUGGCCGACCUCCUUCCGAAACCCGAUUCUCUCAAGGAGAAACGUCGGCCACCACGACUCCCACAGCAGCCUGCUGUCAUAUCACAGCCAUUCAUCCGGCAACCACCUCCACCGCCACAGCCGUUUGCGCCAAGGAUCGUUAACGGACCUCGAGGACCACUUUCCAGACCAAACGCAUUCUGUCCAUUGCCGCCUCCGCAAAAAGAUAUGUGCAUCUGUGAUCGUCCAAAUACGCAUGUGAUUUGUAAGCGAUGUGGUUAUGAAUGCAUUGGACGAGUUCAGCUGGUGUGCGACUUACAUCCAACAUCGCUCUCGUUGAUGGAUAUGCGAGAGUGCGGCAAUCCCAUCUGUAGGAGUAUACAGAUCUUCGAAGCUGUCUCGUUCAACGAGGGCGAGAUUCUACCAUAG